AAAAAUCCAGCAGUCUUUAUCAACUUCCCCUGAAAAUUAGUUGUCAACACUGCACGCUUCUGGCACAGUCUCAGAGAGAAUAUCCCUCUGAACAGCAACAUUGCAAGUCAAUCUGUUAGGCUACACUAUCUUGGUGAUUGCAUCGAUAUGGAGCCUAAUACUGAAAAGGAGCAUUUAUCAGAGUCUCCUGUUAAAAAAAAAUUCAGAUGCAAGCUGUGCGGCAAGGAGUUCGGUCGUCACACACAUCUGGUGCAUCACGAGCGAAUACACACAGGUGAUGAGCCAUUCAUCUGCAGUCUCUGCGGGAGGGGUUUCCGUUGUGCAGACUGGCUGAAAAUGCACAGUAACGUACACACUGGUGAGAAACGAAAGAACUUGAAGAACUACGUUUGCAAUGAGUGUGGGAAGACGUUUCCCGGCUCCACCUCGCUCCAGAGUCAUCUGUAUAAACACAGAGGCGAGCGGCCGUUCGCCUGCACGCACUGCGACAAGAAGUUCUUCAGUCAGACCAAUCUGAAUCGCCACCACAAGGAUUCUCACUCUGGAAAACGCUUCUGCUGCUCCGUGUGUGGAAGCGGAUUCUCACGCCUCACGACGCUGCAGAAACACAUGCGGAUUCACACGGGAGAGAGGCCGUUCUCCUGUCCUGAAUGUGCAAAGACUUUCCCUUAUGAAUACACCUUGAAAAUGCAUCUUAAACUGCACGCAGCCAAAAAAUAAUGUGAUGAACAUUUAUGAUGUCUGAUUUAUUUUGUUUGUUUUUAGCCAUGUCCCUCUCAUUGACGAUGCACGUGACUUCACAUUCCUUUAUUAAUAGUUUUUUUUCUCAGUUGCAUACAUAAAGUCCAAAUAAAUCAUGCUUAAAACUUCUAAAAUAAAGUUGUAGGCUAAGUAUUGG